AUGUGCCGCGUCGUACUGCUCAACCAGACCCCGUACGUCGAUCAUCAGUUGGGAGCGGGGCUCCCAAGAAUCCCAGGACGGGGGACAGCCGCGCCACCGGACGAGAUAACUCGUCCGACGCCCGUUCACGUCGCGGUGAUUCAACAGCCGAUCAAUUUAAAAAGCGCUGGCCACCGCGAGAGUCCUCCAAUGGAGGAGAAGGAGGAGGGAACACGCUCUCCAAACUAUCGUGGGGAAGCGUGUGUUCCCUAG